AGCUCCUUUUACGGUUUAGAGAGGCACUUCGCAGCCCCUCUGGCACUGUAUCUGCUAGGGCGCACAGAGGGGCAGUGCCAUGCACACUCCUGAUUAUGCGCUGCUCCUGAGCGGAGGGAACCAGUCUUUGGUUUUCAGUCCCACUAAUGACCUAACGAUGGGAACGCCUGGAAACAACACCGUCCACCCGAACGGAUCUGAUCCGUUUGCGAGAAACGAGGAGGUGGCCCAAAUUGAGAUCAUGGUCCUGAGCAUCACCUUCGUGGUGGCUGUGAUUGGGAAUGUGAGCGUCCUGCUGGCGAUGUACAACACCAAGAAGAAGAUGUCGCGAAUGCACCUUUUCAUCAAACACCUCAGUCUGGCUGACCUGGUGGUCGCCUUCUUCCAGGUGCUGCCGCAGCUCUGCUGGGAGAUCACUUUCCGCUUCUACGGUCCAGACUUUCUUUGCAGGAUAGUGAAGCACCUCCAGGUGAUGGGGAUGUUUGCGUCCACCUACAUGAUGGUGAUGAUGACCUUGGACCGUUACAUCGCGAUCUGCCACCCCCUGAAAACCCUCCAGCAGCCCACUCAGCGCUCCUACAUCAUGAUCAUCUCCACGUGGAUGUGCAGCCUGGUGCUCAGCACACCGCAGUACUUCAUCUUCUCCCUGAGCGAGAUCAAGAACGGCUCGGACGUCUACGAUUGCUGGGCCCACUUUAUCGAGCCCUGGGGUGCCAAGGCAUACAUCACCUGGAUAACCGUGGGCAUCUUCCUCGUUCCCGUGGUCAUUCUCAUGAUGUGCUAUGGCUUCAUCUGCCACAGCAUAUGGAAAAAUAUUAAGUACAAGAAAAGGAAAACUAUGGCUAAUGCUGCGAGCAAGAACGGGCUGAUUGGGAAAAAUUCAGUCAGCAGCGUCACAACUAUAUCAAGAGCCAAACUGAGGACCGUUAAAAUGACUUUUGUGAUAGUUUUGGCAUACAUUGUUUGCUGGGCGCCGUUUUUCACUGUGCAGAUGUGGUCUGUGUGGGAUGAAAACUUCCAGUGGGCUGAUUCUGAGAACACAGCAGUGACUCUGUCUGCACUCCUUGCCAGUCUCAACAGCUGCUGUAACCCAUGGAUAUACAUGAUCUUUAGUGGUCACCUCCUCCAGGAUUUUGUGCACUGCUUCUCCUCCUGCCGCAAAACGAACACUGACUUCAAGAAGGAGGACUCAGACAGCAGCAUCCGCAGAACAACACUGCUGACUAAGAUGACCAAUCGGAGCCCGACGGGCAGCACAGGCAACUGGAGAGAGCUGGACAAUUCUCCCAAAUCCUCCAUUCAGACAGAGUAAACACACAGCUGGGCAACUCUGUUUACAGAAGUGGGCAUGAACACAUGUCUGGAAGUGGCACCAAGGUACAAAAAAAGUAUAAGUUCAUCUUAACUUUGAACAUGACUGACAGUGACUGAAAUGUCCCUCACACACAAAACCCAUAAAGCAGAUCAAGCUUUUUGCGUGGAAAACCUAAAACAGAGAGAAGAAAUACGAUGUAGAUUGAGAACUUGUAACAACGAGGGAAAAUGUGAACACCGCCUGGUUCUUCUUACUAGAUACUGUGUACAAACAUUCUUUUUCAGAUAACCUUUGCAGAAAUAUAACAAAAACAUUAGGCAAAGAAGUGAAAUUGUAAAGUCUUACUUAUAAUUUGUCAUGUUUUAAUAUCUCCACAGUUGUUGGUAAAAGUUCUAGAUGCUGACCGUUAUGUUUUUACAUCAUUUUGUUGAAUUUAGUCAUAAUACUUCAAAAUUCAAAAGCCUCAGGAAAUCAAGAAGACUUUUUUUUCCAACAUUUCUUUUUUCAUGAUUUUAAGAGAAAGUACUUUUCCAGGAAUUCUGGUGCUUUUAGUGGCGGCUGCGUCUCCCUGCACUGCCGCCGAACAACCUUUCCUGUUAGAGUAUUUGCAAAGAUAAAACUUACGAAGCAGCCAAGCGGUGUGCGGUGGUGUAAACGAUUCUUCCAGACCGCAGGUCUCUAAGUAACUAAGGCAGUCACCUCAUCCUUUGUGUUUAGCUUUCCAUUUUUUUUCUCUGAGCCAGAUUUCAGAGGGUUAUAUGAAAAAAAAAAACCUGCUUUAAACUAACCUUUCCUUUGACCUUUUACAGAAAAAAGAAAAAUGUUGGAUGUGGGGUUUAGGUUGCAUUUAUCAAUGGAGCCUUUGCGUGCAUCUACAUUUUCAUAAUUUGCUCAAGGAUUUGUUUCAUGUUGCAUCAGACAGACCUUUUUGUGGAUCGCAAAAGGAUGGCUUUCAUUUCAUUUCAGCAGAAGCACAGAACACACACACACACACGCACACACAUGCACAGAUGGGUGUGUAGGGGCUGGUGGGGGGUUUUAUGAAGUGAGAUUGGCCACAGUUGGAGACUACCUACCCAGAGACCCCUCCCAUUGCUCUCACAAAAUGUUGGGGAGAAGCUCACACAUUCCACACACACCACGUCAACACACUUCCUGAUUUUUUUCUGACAUCCUGCACCACUGGGGGGGUCUGUGUUUUGGCUUCUUUUGCACUCCAGACAAAAACAAUUUCCUGCACAGUAAUGUGAUGUACAGCACCAUAAUGUUUCUCAGACCACCCUGACAACCCCAGAAGAAAGCGCACAUUGUAAUGUAUCGAGAUGUUUCUAUCUGUAUAGUAUAUUUGUACAUAAAAGGAACUUAAAAAUCUGUAAAUAGGAGUAAUAUAUGUAAAUCUGUUCAUUGUGAAUUUUAUUUGUUUGU